GGACUCCCGGUCCCCGCGCUCGGCCACGGCUCCUUCCCGCCGGCCCGGAGCCGCUUGGCUCCCCGCAGCCGGACCCGGAUCGCGCAGCCCAGCUGGACCGGAGCAGGCGGGGGCGUGCUAGGCGGGGAAGGCGUGGCCGUACCGGGGCUAGACCUGCCGCCCGUGGGGCGCGGGGCUGCGGGCUCAGACCAUGUCGCCAGAGGAGCGGACGUAUCUGAUGGUUCUCCUUAUCUCCAUUCCCAUCGGCUUCCUCUUUAAGAAAGCGGGACCUGGGCUGAAGAGAUGGGGGGCUGCCGCUGUGGGCCUGGGGAUCACCUUGUUCACCUGCGGCCCUCACACCCUGCACUCCGUCGUCACCAUCCUGGGCACCUGGGCGCUGAUUCAGGCCCAGCCGUGCUCCUGCCACGCGCUGGCCCUGGCCUGGACCUUCUCCUACCUGCUGUUCUUCCGAGCACUCGGCCUGCUGGGCCUGCCCACCCCCACGCCCUUCACCAACGCCGUGCAGCUGCUGCUCACGUUGAAGCUGGUGAGCCUGGCCAGUGAGGUGCAGGACCUGCACCUGGCCCAGAGGAAGCAGAUGGCCGCCGGCUUCGGCGCGGAACCCGGCCUGGGGCUGCUGCCCGACGUGCCCUCCCUCACGGAGACGCUCAGCUACAGCUACUGCUACGUGGGCAUCAUGACGGGCCCGUUCUUCCGCUACCGCACCUACCUGGACUGGCUGGAGCAGCCGUUCCCGGGCGCGGUGCCCAGCCUGCGGCCCCUGCUGCAGCGGGCCUGGCCGGCGCCGCUGUUCGGGCUGCUGUUCCUGCUGUCAUCGCACCUGUUCCCGCUGGAGGCCGUGCGGGAGGACGCCUUCUACGCCCGACCGCUGCCAGAGCGGCUCUUCUACAUGGUCCCCGUCUUCUUCGCCUUCCGCAUGCGUUUCUACGUGGCCUGGAUUGCGGCCGAGUGUGGCUGCAUCGCCGCCGGCUUCGGGGCCUACCCCGUGGCCGCCAAAGCCCGGGCCGGGGCCGGCCCCACCCUCCAAUGCCCACCCCCCAGCAGUCCGGAGAAGGCGGCGGCGCUGGAGUACGACUAUGAGACCGUCCGCAACAUCGACUGCUACAACACGGACUUCUGCGUGCGCGUGCGGGAGGGCAUGCGUUACUGGAACAUGACGGUGCAGUGGUGGCUGGCCCAGUACAUCUACAAGAGCGCGCCUACCCGCUCCUACGUCUUCAGGAGCGCCUGGACCAUGCUGCUGAGUGCCUUCUGGCAUGGCCUGCACCCUGGCUACUACCUGAGCUUCCUGACCAUCCCGCUGUGCCUGGCGGCCGAGGCCCGGCUGGAGUCGGCCAUGCGGGGGCGCCUGGGCCCGGGGGGCCAGCGGGCCUGGGACUGGGUGCACUGGUUCCUGAAGAUGCGUGCCUACGACUACAUGUGCAUGGGCUUCGUGCUGCUCUCGCUGGGGGACACGCUGCGCUACUGGGCCUCCGUGUACUUCUGCGUCCACGGGCUGGCCCUGCUGGCCCUGGGGCUCGGCCUGGCCCUGGGGGGUGCCGGCCCCAGCCGCAGGAAGACCCCGGCCGCCCACCCCAGCCCCGCCAAGCUCCGGGAGGAGUAGCGGCCUCCCGCUCGCUCGGCGCUUGGCCCGGGGAUCCCAUGAACUGGGCCGCCGCUGCCUGUCCCAGAGAGCUCCCGGCAGGCCGGGGCCUGGGGAGGAUUCCGGAGCCCCUCAGAGGCACCCCAGCAGCUGCAUCUCCGCGCCUGGGGGUACGAGGUCCUCGGGCCUCCUGUGAGGUCAGGGGCUCCAGAGCCGGCCUGGGAGCGGGGUUGCUUGAGUCUUUCGCUCCCCUUUCUCUCAGAGCAGUAUUGCAGACCCAGGAGGGCUCCCCCCCCCCCACUGUACCUUGUGUAAAAAGGAGAAACUGAGGCCAUCCCGAGGAGCAGGCCUGGGGGCCGCCCAUCCUGCAGUGUCGCCCUUCCCAGCAUCCCUGUGUCUUGCCUGAGGCUGUCAGAGCUUGUCAGCCUCCCAAUAAAGUAUUGCACAGAGA